AUGAAGCUAGCUUUGCAAGUUACCAAGAGUGGGAUCUAUCUAGGAGGAAGUAAGUCAUGGUUCAAUGACAAUUGCACCAAGAGAAUCGUAGUUCCUUGGAAAGGGGAGACUGCAAAGAGCUACAUUGGAGACAUAGUCAAUGUCCCAAGCUCAGGCCUGAGGCCAAGUCUGUUUUCAAGGGGCUGGAAGAAAAUUCCCAGGCUUAAAAGGUUUAUGAUUUAUGUUAAAACACCCUUAUGGGGCCUGGGUCUUAGUGGGCUCAUUGCAUUUGCACCAACUUAUCAUUAUCAUGCUGGCGUGGUAGCUUUCUUUGUUUCUUUGUGUGCUGGUAAAGCCAACAUUGAUAUCUUGAAUGCAAACCCUGGAAUUCCAAACUCUGGGAAGAAGGAUGCUUAA